AAAGAAUCUUCAUAUGCAACCCCUAAAGAUCGCAGCAGUCCAAUUUGAGAACAAGAGCGGUGACAAGGCAUACAAUUUGUCCAAAAUGUAUGAAUUGGCAAAGCAAGCUAAAACCGAGGGAUGUCAAGUCAUCAGUUUUCAUGAAUGCAGUAUCUCUGGUUACACGUUUGCCCAAAGGCUGACAAAAGAAGAGCUGCUUCAAGUUUCAGAGAAGAUUCCGGAUGGAGAAAGCGUCCAACAGCUAAUUAAGUUUUCCAAAGAGAUUGGUAUUAUUAUCCUUGCCGGCCUUUUUGAAAAGGACGAUGAAGACAAGGUUUACAAUACUUACUUUUGUGUCGACGACACCAAGGUUAUUGCGUCAUUCAGAAAGAUUCAUCCAUUCGUUAGCAAGUACCUAUCACCGGGUACUCAAUAUGUGACCUUUGAUCUUCUUGGAUGGACUGCUGGUAUUCUGAUUUGUUACGACAAUAAUGUCAUCGAGAAUGUACGUGCAACUGCGCUCAUGGGAGCUCAAAUCUUGUUCAUGCCUCAUGUUACCGGUUGUACCAAGAGAGACUACUUGCCUGGCACAAGACAUGUUAGCCCUGAACUAUGGCGCAACCGCGAGCUGGAUCCCGUGAGACUGCGUCUUGAAUUUGAUGGGCCAAGCGGCAGAGAAUGGUUGAUGAAGUGGCUUCCGGCUCGUGCCUAUGACAAUGGAAUCUUUGCUGUUUUCACUAACCCUAUUGGUGAAGAGGACGGCCAAGUCAAAUGUGGUCAUUCCAUGAUCAUUGAUCCUUUCGGUCAAAUUUUAGACGAAUGCACUGGCUUCAAAGAUACUUACUGUACGGCUGUAUGCACACCAGAAAAGCUGGAACAGGCUGGUGGAUACAGAUAUCGGAACGCUAGAAAAGUUGAUAUGUAUCGCGAUAUCAUCUCGCAACCACACUCCUCUCAAUUGAAUGUCUCUUGGCUCGGUAAGACCGAUUAAUGGGAAUCAUGUCAAAAUUGAACAGGUUAGAGCGGAAAGAUAAUGUACCCUUCAUGGCACCAACUUCCCAAACACAAGUCAAAAUUCUCCAUAAUAAAAUGCACAUACACAUUCAAUCC